AUGCCGGAGGGCCCAUCGGUGAGGAAGUUUCAGCUGCUGACCACCCCUUUUGUGGGACAAGUGGUGGCCAAGGUGGGGGGAAGCAGCCGGAAGAUCAAUGUGAACGACCUGAAUGCCUUGAGACUCCAGGACUCCCAGGUUCAUGGGAAGAACUUGUACCUGGAAUUUGUGGCAGCUGAAGGUCCCUUAGGACCAACUGCAGACGAGGCAGUGCUGCAAAGAGAGGCUGUGAGUGGGGCAAGUUCCUCUGCCCGGGGAGGGCAGGGAGAGGUUUGUGCUCCAGAGACACGUCCCCUGGGUGGGAAGCUGCAGGAACUCCAGCACUGCAGGCCUGAAGGCCAAGAGGUGGCAGAGAGCCCAGGCACCUGGCUGCACUUCCACUUCGGCUUGUUCGGCAGCGUGCGGGCCAACGACUUCUCCAGAGCAACCAAAGCCAACAAGAGGGGGGACUGGAAGGACCCUACACCCAGGCUGGUUCUCCACUUCCAGAGUGGAGGCUUCCUGGCUUUCUACAACUGCCGAAUGCAGUGGUGCUCAGCACCGAGGGCUGAUCCUGCUUCUGACAUCCUGUCCGUGGAGUUCCACCGUGGCCGGGCGCUGGACGCUCUCCGUGCACCCAAUCCCAUCUGCUACACCCUCUUAGACCAAAGAUAUUUCUCAGGGCUUGGGAACAUCAUUAAGAAUGAGAUCUUGUACCUGGCCAAGAUCCACCCGUUAACACCAGGCUCUCUCUUGGCUCUCUCAGACCUGGAGCAUCUGCUUGACUGUGCUGUGGAGUUCAGCUCUGAGUGGCUGCACAGCAAGCUGCGUGGCCAGCGGCUGCACCCUCAGAUCCACCAGAAGGAGCAGUGUCCCCUCGGGCACGUGCUGAUGAAGGGAGCCCUUGGGCCCUCGGGUGGCUUCAAGAGACUUACCUGGUGGUGUCCUCAGUGCCAGCCUGAAGUGCUG